AUGGUCGACAAGAUGGAGAACAAGGUUCUAAUAAGGGAGUUCAACGAAGAAAGAGAUAUUGAAGUGGUGGGGAAGCUUGAGAAGAACUGUGAGAUAGGGUCUAAUAAGGGAGUCUCUUUCUUCACUAACAUGAUGGGUGACCCUUUAUGUAGGAUAAGGUUCUAUGCUGUUCAUGUUAUGCUGGUUGCCGAGCUGUGUGAAAAUGGGGAGCUUGUCGGAGUUGUGAGAGGAUGCAUCAAGCAUGUGGGGACUAAAUUUGGAGGAACCCAUGUGAAGUUGGGUUCCAUAUUAGGGCUGCGAGUCUCUCCAAAGCAUCGGCGAAUGGGGAUAGGAUUAAACCUUGUGAAAGCAGUUGAAGAGUGGAUGAUGAGAAAUGGAGCACAUUACACUUUUCUUGCGACUGAAAAGAACAAUGUGGCUUCUACAAAUCUGUUUACUACUAAAUGCAAUUACGUUAACUUUAGCUCAUUAGUCAUAUUUGUUCAACCACUUAGUUUACCUCUGAAAGGUCUCAAGUCUGGAGAUAUAAAGAUUGAGAAGCUGCAGUUAGACCAAGCAAUUUCUCUGUACUAUUACAAGCUCAGAAGCAAAGACAUUUAUCCAACAGACAUUGACUCCAUCUUGAAGGAAAAGCUCAGUCUUGGGACAUGGGUAUCUUAUUUCAAAGAGGAUGAAUGGUUUGAUUUUAAGAGCAAUAAUAAUAAUAAUAAUAAGAAGGAGAAGAGUCAUGAAGAUGUUAUUAGUAAAACUCCAAGCUCUUGGAUCAUCUUUAGCAUAUGGAAUUCCUGUGAGGCAUACAAGAUUCAAAGAAGAAAGUCACAUCCUUUAAAGCUUCUUCAUGCAACUUUGAGCCAUGCAAAAGAUAUAAUCUUCCCUUGCCUUAAAAUGCCAAUAUGUGGCUCACUUAAAAACCCAUUUGGAUAUUUAUUUCUUUAUGGUGUGUAUGGAGAGGGAGAGAGGCUUGGGGAGCUUAUGCAAUCUGUAUUGAGAUUUGCAUCAAGAUUGGCUGAAGAUUUUAAGCACUGCAAGGUGAUAAUAACUGAGUUAGGAGUCGCUGAUCCUCUCACUGAGCAUAUGCCCAGAGAAUCCUCCAUGUCUUGUAUCAAUGACCUUUGGUAUUUGAAAUGUCUUAAUGGGGAUGAUAAUAAUAAUGAGGAACAACUGAUGAGGAUGGGACAAUUGGGGAAUGUGUUUGUUGAUCCAAGAGACUUUUAGCCGCGGGCUGCAGCUGCUAGCUAUAAUUACAGCGCCGACUCCUUAUG